AUGGCGUCAGGUCCCGCGACUCAGUCACUCAAGUGUGUGGUGACUGGUGAUGGUGCAGUUGGCAAAACAUGUCUUCUGAUCUCGUAUACAACCAAUGCUUUCCCCGGAGAGUACAUCCCUACGGUUUUUGACAACUACACGGCCAGUGUAAUGGUGGAUGGCCGGCCCAUCAGCCUGGGACUGUGGGAUACCGCCGGACAAGAAGAUUACGAUCGCCUCAGACCGUUAUCCUACCCACAAACCGAUGUUUUCUUGAUUUGCUUCUCUAUCGUCAGCCCACCUUCAUUCGACAAUGUCAAAGCGAAGUGGUUCCCUGAAAUUGAACACCACGCCCCCAACGUCCCCAUCAUCCUCGUCGGUACCAAGCUCGAUCUGAGGGAUGACCGCGCAACAACGGAAGCCCUCCGCGCACGCAAGAUGGAAACUGUCUCCUACGAACAAGCUUUGGCUGUGGCCAAGGAGAUCCGCGCACAUAAGUACCUGGAGUGCUCAGCUCUCACACAACGUAACUUGAAGAGCGUGUUUGAUGAAGCCAUCCGGGCUGUUCUCAAUCCCCGUCCUGCUACGAAAUCCGGGAGGAAGGGAGUCAGCAAAUGCAUGAUUUUGUAG